CUAGGUUUCCCGACAGUCGAUCCGGAUUGGCAAAAGAGAUAAUCGGAAGUGGUGACUUUCGACUUAUAGCCCGGGGUCAGGAUUGAAGUGGCUGAAAGCUUGAUGUCCACUUCCGCCGCGAUGUGGAGAGGGGCACCUGUGAUUGGCCUCGUGGCCCAACGCCGCGAAGUGAGACACACCUUAAUGAACCACCAUGGCCGUGUUCCCACGUCAGUGUGACCAGGCAGGUCACCGCCCCUCAUUAACAAAAAUCUACACAAACCACCCAUCAUGGCCUCCCAAUACGACAUCAUCGGCGCCAAAUACGACCUUCUCAAGCAACUCCCGGCCGCGAUCAUCGAAAGCGAAAACCUCAAGAAUGCAGUCCUCCCUUACCUUUCCAAGGCCCCCCAGCUCCGUCCCCGCGUCCUCGACCUCGCCUGCGGCACGGGGUACUACUCGCACCACCUCAUCGGCUGGGGCGCCGGCCACGUCCUCGGCAUCGACCAGUCCCGCGGCAUGAUCGACGCCGCCAACGCGACCCUGUCCGCAGAGGAGCGGGAGCGCGGGGUGAUCCAAUUCCGCAUCGGGGAUGCGCUGGAUCUGGCGAAGACGAUCGUCGACGACGAGGGGGGGCCCUUCGACGUGGUUGUCGGGGCCUGGCUGCUCAACUAUGCGAGCGGGCUGGACGAGAUGACUCGCAUGUUCCGGACCGUCUCGGCGAGCCUCGGGGACGGCGGCGGCGGCGUGUUCGUCGGGGUGACGCCCCAUCCCGUCGAUGACGUUGAUGCGUUUGCCCGGAUGACCAAUGAGUUUGAGCGGGAGCAGCCGUGCAAAUGGGGCCUCUCGGUCAAUUACCUAAGAAGGCUUGAGUCGGGCGAGGGCUGGCGGACUGAAAUAGUUGUUCCCGGGGAGCAUGAAGUCAGGUUCCGGAACUAUCACCUUCCGAAGGAGGUUUAUGAGCGUGCGGCUAGGCAGGGUGGGAUGCGAGGGGAGCUAAGGUGGAAGAAGAUCGAGAUGCCAAAGCGGGCAUUGGAAAUGAUGGGCGAGGAGUUCUGGCAGCCCUACUUUGUCAAAGGGCCACACCUGGGGAUUCUGAUUGUCGAGAAGUAAUCUAGUAAGGGCGGGGAGGAUACAUGCGGGAGCCUAUAGCUGGAAUUGUCUCCCGAGCUCACAGGUAUCUAUCAGUCAAGCUAUUCCGCAAUGUGAAUCCCCUAGCCCGUUUCUGCGAAAAUGAACCUAAGCAACCUCC